UCUGCUGUUUUCUAGUGCUGAUUGAAAAGUGUUUAUUGGUAGGAAACUCAGACAAUCAUGUCGAGGCUCAGAAUUCCAACAUAACAUGUGGCCACAUGGACCAAAAGAGAGUGGGUGGCACUGUGGUCUAAAGUUUAAACCACUGAGCCUCUUGGGCUUGCCAAUCGGAAGGCUGGCAGUUCGAAUUUGUGCAACAGCUCCUGUUGCUCUGUCCCGGCUCCUGCCAACCUAGCAGUUCAAAAGCAUACCAAUGUGAGUAGAUAAAUAGGUACUGCUGUGGUGGGAAGGUAAACGGCGUUUCUGUGCACUCUAGUUUCCAUCACAGUGCCCUGUUGCGCCAGAAGUGGUUUAGUCAUGCUGGCCACAUGACCCGGAAAGUUGUCUGUGGACAAACGCCGACUCCCUCAGCCUGAAGUGAGAUGAGCGCUACACCCCAUAGUCACUUUUGACUGGACUUAACCGUCCAAAGGUCGGGUUUUAUUUAUUUUUUUACCUUUGCAAAUGGAGCAUUUCUCAAUCAAUCCUUGGCCAGGAGGGAAAGGAUCACCUACACAGUGUCUGGAGGCAAUGGAGAUCCUGAUCUAAGCAGAAAAGUAACUUUGGUCUUUCUACUGUGGAACACUUCAAGCCACAACACACAGGAUGGGCAGGCAGAUCCUGUACCAUACAGUGGGUGCUAUUUAGAGAUACAGGCAUCAGAUAGUGCCGUGCUUCAGGCAGGUAUCAAUCAACUAGUUUUUGAGUGCCAAUAAUCAUCCAGAAGUACUUAUAGCAGGCUGGCUAAAGGAUAUGAUGGGUACACAUUUCCACCCUUCCACUUAGAAUAAUAAUAAUUAAUAAUAAUUUUAUUAUUUAUACUCCACUGAUCUGGCUGGAUUCAAAGACUUUUAGAAGACAUCUGAAGGCAGCCCUGUAUCAGGGAAGAUUUUAAUGUUUGACAUUUUAUUAUGCUUUAUAUGUGCUGGAAGCUGUCCAGAAUAGCUGGGAAACCCAGCCAGAUGUGUGGGGUAUAAAUAAUAAAAUUAUUGUUGUUGUUGUCAUUUCCAUUAAAUCCUAUAACUUGAUCCAGCCUUCAUUCCCAAGGUGGAUGUUAUUUCCCACAUAGCACAAGUAGUGAUUCUUCAUUUUGCCCCAACAAUCUACCCCUUGAGAAAUGCGAGUAGCAUAGCUGGUAUGUUAGACUGCAAAAUAAAGGGAGUGUUUGUUUUGGCUGGGAACGGAUAGCUAUUUUCCUAAAGGAGAGGCAUUAUAGUGUGGUGGGGUUAGGUCAACUGCAUCCAGCUAUCCAGUGUGAACCAAAAUAUUUCCAGAACUCUUGACGGAAAACAAGAGACACCGAGAUGAGUGUUUUGCUUUUGUUUGCUUGACCUGACCAUUCUGUUUCCAUGCACAGUGAUGAACAUUCCUCAUGGCAGGCGAGAACCAAAAAAGCAGCCUCAAGGACCUCUUAGACAGAAUGGAAAAGGCCCACAAAGCUGACAUUCAGCUUUACACCUCUGGCCACUUAAACCAUGACAAGCUUUACAAGCCCCAGCAAUGGAAAAAGAACAACUACUGGGGAAGUGCCAAAAAAUCUGCACUAAUCAUCACAAAAAGAACCAAUUACACAACACCCAGCGUGGUAUCCAGAAAGACAAAGACUACCUUGAGCAGCUGUGUGGACUCAACACCCACACCCACCCGUACCAAAUCUGCUUCUCAUUCAUGCUUUCAACAUCGGGCAUUCAAGGCCAGCUACAGAUCUCCAGUGAGCACUUCCCUCGAUUCCACAUCUUUCAAACAGCAAAGAAAGAAGGAUGCUGAGGAGGCAAAGGAGGAACUGGGCAUUUUUCAAAGGCAACUUAUCAGGGAAGAGCUGGAGGUUCCAGAGAUGAGAACAUUGAAAUACAAACCAACAAUCAACAGUCGGCUUUGUGCCAUGGAGGAGACGAAAGACGAAUAUCAAUUCUUUCCUUCUUACUUGGCUGGUGUGACCAAAAUGGACCAGUUUCACAAGUUCAUGCAGUUUCAGAAGGAUGUGAUCGCAAAGCAGGAUUUGCUGAAGAAUGACUUUAUUGGGAGCGAUUCAGCAGAGCACCAUGAAAGGACGUUGGCUCAGGCACUUCGGAAUAUCUGUGACUGCAGCCGGCCACAUUUCAACCGGUUGCAGGCUGUUGGUGAUGUUUUUGAAGAUAUCUGCAACAGUUCUUUGAUAUUUGGUGACAUACUGAAGGAAGUGAAAAAUGAAUAUGAACUCUACAUGGUGAUCCUGCUGGAAUCUCUCCCUACAAUGCAAUACAGAACCUUGCAGAAUGAAGUCAAAGGCAUGGAGAAGAGGGCAGCGAUGACUCAUGAAGUAGAAGAGAAUAGGCAGGAGGUGCAGGAUCUUGUGCAGAAAUCCAGACUGGCUUUAGCAAGAAACGAAGAAUUGAGAAAUGAAUUGGAAAUGGAGCUGUGGAUGAGCCAGUCUUAUGAAAAAAUGGCAGAAAAGAAACGUGAGGACCUGUCCAAAGAAGAGCUUCCUGCUCUUUCCAGCACUGAGAAACUUGUAUCCUUGCGGUGUCAAGUUAUCACGACAUGGGAGGAAAUCCAAGUGAUGCAAAAAGAAAUUAAAGAAACGAUGGCGGUUGCUGGCAUCGCCAACAUCCGUGAAAAGACUGUUAAAGAAUUAGAGGGUGAAGCAUCAAAGCUCCAGGCAUCUAACAAGUUUCUUAAAAGACAAAUAGGAGAUGCUGUACAGUCUGUCACAAGUACAUUACAGAGGCAGAAGUUUAGUGAGAAAAGCCAGCGGAAUCUGUGGGGGAUGGUGCAGGACUUCUUGACACCUGAAGGAACAGAAAGAUUAUUUGCGCCACUAGAAGAAUCAUCUUCUGAUGAUUCUUUGUGAUAAGAACGGAACAGUACUGUGAACAAUGAAUGACGAGAUAUAUUUGAACUUGUGCGUUGUAUGCUACUUGAAAAAACAAACAUACCAGAAAUAUGUCUCUAUUCUUUAGCAUAUGUGAACAUGUAUUAUGACUCUAUAAAAUGCUAAUUCGGUUUCUCACAGGUUGCUUCUUGUUCUGACAGAAAAUUUCCCACCAUACUUGAAGUUUGCUGUGGCAAAUCUGCGUUCUGUUGCCAUAAACAACUGAAAACAGAUUAAUUACUUUCCGUUACCCAAUAAGUAAAGUGAAUGGCAGACAGACGACACAGCAGUUACAAAAUAUGUACUUAUUUUCUACUUCAAAAUUAAGUCCAGAGUAAUCUUCCAAACUUUUGGAUGGUUUGACUGUAAGGAUAUUUUUCACUGUGACUUUGAUAUUUUCCCCUGAAUGCCAUUAAAUGGCACAUAUAAAAUCAAUCCACUGACUGUGUCAUUAAAAUCACACACUAGCCCAUCUUCUUCCAAUACAUGUUCUCAAUCUUCCAUAAAAUUAGGUUUAAGUGUGAUUUGAUUUUGGAAAUAUUUAUGUGCCCUCCUCCCCAACCACUGUACAAUUAUGUUUAUGCUACUGCUACUGCCAUUGUUGUUGUUGUUGUUUUAAAAAACCAGCUGGUACAAAGGACCAAUUUACUAAUUCAUUUGGUAUAAGUCUCAAAGUAGUUUGUGCAAUUAUUUGUUUAUUGGAGAGUCUAUCAGGAAAAAAAAGACUAGCUCACAUCCAUUACAAUUUCUUUGAUAACCUCCCAAAUCCUUUGUACCAUCAUAGGAUUCAAUGUUUAUUAGCUUCUUGGAGCAAAUCAUCCAAGACACUGCAAUAGAGAUGAACAAUUCCUUUUCCUGAUAGACCCCUCACAAAGUGCUCAUUGCUUGAAAUGCAUUGUGAUUUAUUUGAACCACAUUAAUAAAUUGGUCUCUCUUCCCUGUUGCCAUUCUCUUUGUUUCUGCUUUGUAGUGCUCUCCUUUUGAUGCAUUCUACUGUUUUGGUUACCUAGUCAUAGCCUGUAUACCAGCAAUGGAUAUAUAAAGAUGAAGGCAUUUUCUGCAUUUGCAGUCUGAUCGGAAUUAUUUGUGACAUGUGCCUCUUUGGCUUUAAAUGAGGUGUAAGGCUUGCCUUAGUUAAUUCCACUUCCAAUGUGGAAAUUUUAACAGAAAAAGAGCUUCUUGCUGUGCCCUUAGGUAUGACGGGGGGGGGGG